AUGCGUCGAUUUGUUACACUGCUGGUAGCUUUGAUAUCAAUAGGCUACUCUGAAACUUAAGACAUAACUACAGCUGCUUAAUGUACAACUUGUUUGUCAACAUUAACUACAAAUUUUGUUUGCAAAGAUAAUACAGUCGAUACAAGCGGAUAUUGCUGUGCUAGUACUGAUACCACUAGACAAUGCAAGAGAAAUGUAUGCAGCAACAAUGUGAAUACAACGUCUAUGAAACUUUUUGCUUGCCCCUAUGAAACAAAAGUCUGUGGAGGCAUUUCUUCUCAACUUCCUAUCAUCUUGAACGAAACAAUCACAAAAGCAUCCUCGUCCUCUACUUUCAAGAAAUCAAAUGUAUGCUAUUACGCAAUUAAGCCCAGUGAUUAUGGGAGCGCUUCAAAUAUCUCGUAUUUAAAUAUCAUGAUCAACUCAUAUAAAAAUACUUAUAUCUACUUAAACAAUGGUACAUCUCCAAAUAAUGCAGCUAAUCAAACUACAGUAGAUCAAUAUACAGGUUCUAAUUUUACUGUAGGGGCCAAUUAAAUAUACUAUAUGGUUGUAGUUGCCUAUGAUGAUUCACCUUCCAUUAAUUUUACUUAUAGAUAUUAUCAAUUUACUCCCAAAGCAAAUGAAACUAUAAUUACCCCAACUCCUAAUAUUACAGUGACUUGCCCAGGGGCAUACUAUUAUUUGUAUGGAAUAAAAACAUGUAAUAUAACAGAGACCACAGUGUAAGUAAUUUAGAUAAUAGAUCCAAAACCUUAGUAUGGAGUUUUAACAAUUAUGGGCCUAGUUAUCGUUGGAGUAAUCUCUUAUUAUUUCGUAUCUGUGUGUGAUGAAAAAAAGAAGAAAUAAGUGUUAAAGAAGCAAAAGAUUAUCAACACUACAUUGACAGAUUACGAGUUACAGCCAAUUGAGAAGCAAGAUAUGAAUUAUGAUGAGGCUGUUCUGUAUUUUAACACUGCCAGAAAUUCUCAAAGAUUCAACACUUCAAUAAUGCAUGAUGAAAAAGGAAGAGUCAUUCCUGCAGGAGAUAAACUUGAGAGCUCUAUUCAGAAACUCAUGGAUGAAACUAAAAAACCAAAGAGGAUACUAGUAGGAGAGUAUAUGCUAGAUGAAGUUGACUUCAGAGAUAAUAUUAAUGUAAAUGCCUAAGAUGGUUACUAAACAGGAGGAGAUUAAACCAGAAGAGCCCCUGAACAUGAUGACUCUCCAAGACUUCCAAAAAUUAUAGGAAGAAAGGACACUUUAACUUUGAGUAGAUAAAUAGAGAUUCCAGAUAGAGUUACGAGAAAAUUGAAGUUAGAUAGAGAGACAUGGAAUGAUAGUCCUUUUGUAGGUAACAGUCUGAGAAAUAGCGGUAAUCCAUCACCAUAAAUAAGACUUGUGCUAGCAAGCAAUAAUCAAUCCUAGGAUGGAAGAAAAUUUACUCAAAUGCUUGAUAGCAUAAUUAAUACUGGCUCUGAAUCAAAUAAACUACACAGAGAUAGCAGUAGAUAUAACGCCUCAAUUUAAUCUCCUGGGCUUUCUGAAGAAUUUGGGAAUCAUGCUUAGAGACAAAAGUUUUUGAAAGAUCAAAUCUCAAAAUACGAGAAAAAGAAGAGCGGCUUCAACAACGAUCCAGCUUCGAAGAAAAAAAUUGACAGUACAACUGGAAAGGGAUUUAAAUCAAAUCUUAAUCUAGAGAAUAGUAUUUAAAGUUAGGAAAACAGUCAUCGAGAUUAGAGCAGUCCAAAUCAUCUUAAAAAUGCUAAAUAAAAAUAGCCUGAACUUAAGAAAAGAUGA